ACACAAAGAUAAGCACCUUUCAUCCUUUUCUACUACUCCGGAGAGGGUUCGUGUUUUUGAGUUCGAAGCAUCAAUGGCUAUCUUCAUUGCAACUAUCUGUGUUUUCUUGGUGCUCUGUUUUUGCUCUGCGCUCUUGAGGUGGAAUGAAGUUCGUUUCAGCAAGAAGGGUUUGCCUCCUGGCACCAUGGGUUGGCCUGUCUUUGGAGAAACCACUGAGUUUCUCAAGCAAGGUCCAAGCUUCAUGAAAAACCAGAGAGCAAGGUAUGGCAGUUUUUUCAAAUCCCACAUACUGGGGUGUCCUACCAUUGUGUCCAUGGAUGCAGAACUCAACAGAUACAUCCUAAUGAAUGAAUCCAAAGGGCUCGUUCCAGGAUACCCACAAUCCAUGUUAGAUAUCUUAGGCAAAUGCAAUAUUGCAGCUGUUCAUGGCUCCACUCACAAGUACAUGCGAGGUGCUCUCUUAUCCCUCAUCAGCCCCACCAUGAUCAGAGAUCAGCUUUUGCCUAAAAUCGACCAGUUAAUGAGAACCCACUUGAGCAAUUGGGACAACAAAGUCAUUAACAUUCAAGACAAAACCAAAGAGAUGGCCUUUCUGUCAUCUUUGAAGCAAAUUGCUGGCAUUGAAUCCAGCUCAACCUCUCGUCAAUUCAUGUCAGCGUUCUUCAAACUAGUUUUAGGAACACUAUCUCUGCCUAUUGACCUUCCUGGCUCCAAUUAUCGCCGUGGAAUUCAGGCAAGGAAGAACAUUAUAAGCAUUCUGAAUCAGCUGCUAGAGGAAAGAAGAGCUUCCCCAGAAACUCACCAAGACAUGCUUGGAUACUUGAUGAGAAAAGAUGAUUGUAGAUACAAAUUAACUGACGAAGAAAUCGUUGAUCUGAUCAUUACCAUUAUAUAUUCUGGGUAUGAAACUGUUUCAACCACGUCAAUGAUGGCCGUGAAGUACCUCCAUGACCACCCAAAAGUUCUUGAAGAACUCAGAAAAGAGCAUUUCGCCAUAAGAGAGAGGAAAAAGCCAGAUGAUCCAAUCGACUGUAACGAUCUCAAGUCAAUGAAGUUUACCCGCGCGGUUAUAUUUGAGACCUCGAGACUGGCCACAAUAGUGAAUGGGGUAUUAAGGAAAACGACCAAGGACAUGGAACUAAAUGGAUAUUUGAUUCCUAAAGGAUGGAGGAUUUAUGUAUAUACCAGAGAGAUCAAUUAUGACCCAUGUCUGUAUCCUGACCCGCUCACGUUCAACCCGUGGAGAUGGCUGGAGGAGAAGAGUAUAGAAUCACAGAACUAUUUCUUGAUAUUUGGGGGAGGAACGAGGCAGUGUCCAGGAAAAGAGCUGGGAAUAGCAGAAAUCUCAACUUUCUUGCACUAUUUUGUUACGAGAUACAGGUGGGAAGAAGUAGGAGGAGAUAAACUAAUGAAAUUUCCCAGAGUGGAAGCACCAGACGGUCUGCGCAUAAGAGUCUCAUCCUACUGACUACACUUAGGCUCCUCUUUGUACAGUGUGAGAUAUAGUUAUCAAUAGCAGGGUUAUUUUUGUAUCAUAGUUUUCAAUCCGGUUAGAAAAUGAAUGAAUGAUAUUAGAGUUUUUUUUUUUUCCUCCCGAAAUAUUCUUUUCCUUCAGCAAACAACAUAUCUUUCCCAAA